AUGGGCGGUGGAGGCCAGCUGAACGAGCCAGGAGAGCCAUGGAGGGCUGGGGUGCAGAGCCACAGCAGCAAGAGCGACCUGCUGCUGGUCAUUGAUCGGAAAGUUUACAACACCACACUGUGGGCCGAAAGACAUCCAGCAGGGUGUCCUGUCAUCAGCCACUAUGGAUAUGCUGGCCUUUUGACAUCAGACACCCUCGGCCGGGCGACCCAGGAUCUGGUUCGGUGCAAUUCGUACUAUCUACGUUACUUCUGCUGUGACAUUCCCCUGUACGGCCUGUUUGGCUCAGUGUGACUGGAAUGUUGUAAAUGUCUCAGGUUACUGGAGAGUCACUGGUUCGUGUGGCUGACUCAGAUGAGUCAUCUGCCAAUGGACAUUGACCACCAGAGGCACCAGGACUUGUUACCACAACACCUCCAAGCCACCUGCAAUACUGGGCAGUCUGUCUUCAACGAUCGGUCCACAGGACACCUCAGCUUUCAGAUGGAGCGUCACCUUCUGAAGUUCACAUAUACUGCAUUUGUACUCCUCCGUGCCCUCUGUGUGAACUAUGGGAUUCCUUACCAUGUGCAAACUCUGUGUCAAGGCUUCGAGAUUGUCCUCAGACAUGUCCAAAUACAACAAUAA